AUGUCCGCCUUGAGCAAUCACGAAAAACUGGUCGCUGAAGUCUAUCGCUCCAUAGUCAAUGAAGUUACUCAAAAUAUUCAAGAUAUUUUCAUUGAGGAAGGCUACAGCACCGACAUCAUUGCCGAAUUAAAAAAGUUGUGGAUUCAGAACAUUGAGGAGAGUGGUGCUGUUCCAGCUUGGAAUAACAAUGGAACCACCACAACUUUGGGAAGUAGCAGCAGUGGUGGUGGAGGAGGAGUCUCCUCACGAGCCACUGGUAGUACUUCAUCAAGAAGAGCCACAGCUUCCACCGGAGAAGGAGGAACAAGAAGAGGAGCCAGACAACAACAAACCUCAACAGCAGCGGCAGCCUCCUCUUCUACCAUGGCCUCCCAACCCAGUGCUACACAAGACAACAACAUUCCUACAUUACCUAUUUCAUCCCAUCAACAACCUCAAUUACCAACAGCAAGUAGUAGUAGUAGCUCCAGCAACAUGACCAUUCCUCGGUUUAUGAAUGAUCAUGGUUCUCAACAGCCACCUCAACUUCCACCUCCCUUGCUUCCAACAACCACGAUGCACGGAGGUACCAAUACAUCAUCCUCGUAUCUCCCUCCACCUCUCAUGCAUGAGAUGGGCACUCCAGUUUUACCUCCGCCUGCUUCAACUCCUUUAUUUAUGGGACCACCUUCAGCCACAACACCAUUACAGCAUCAAUAUCCACCUCAAACACCUACACUUCCAACCAUUAGUCCCUAUACUACUGGAAGUAGUGUUAGUAGCAGCAAUUUUCAAACACUUCCAUCUUCUGCCUACUCGCCAAGCCCUGUAAUGCCUCCUCUCGUAUUCAAACCUCAACAAAGCCUUACUUCACCUCCAGGUUUGCCAAUUCAUACACCAACAUUACCAUCACCAGCCUCAACCACCACAGGGCUACCUUCCACACCACUUUCAUCGCUUUCGGGAAUGACUCGUCCUCAUUCAACUGCUAAUUCUUCCUCUGCAACGUCCACAACCACACCAGGAGGAGUAUCUUCUAACUAUUAUGCAUUACCUGAAACAACGACAACAACCCCUUUAUCAUCCACUUCAGGAAGAUCUGGACCACCUCCUUCACAGUAUUAUCAUCAAACCUCAAACUUUUUACUGAAUCAACCUCCACCCUCUCUUCCUUCAUUGGAUUCUCUUGGAAGACCGGAAAGUUUCAUGCCACCUGUGAAUUAUGGAAAUAGAUCAUCUCAGACCAAUCUCGCUCGACCUCCACUUCCAUUUCACAGUAAUCCUCUUCAUGUCAAUUCUCAACCACCUCAAAUGCCUCCCCUUAAUUUUAAUCCAAUGAUGACGCUUCCACCAGUGAGUGCCUUGCAAAACUUUACUCCUCCUCCAAGCAUAUCUGCAUCAACUUCACAGGAAGGGACCAAAAGAAUUAGAUUGGAGCAAGGCGAUCAUACUGGGUCCUCCUCGACAACUAAUAUUAGGCAAUAUGAUGGAGCUGGCGAUGAUGAAGACGAUGACGACGAUGAUGGAGACGACGAUGAAGAAGAGGAAGAUGGAGACGAUGAAUCAGGCGAUAAGCAUGCAAAUGGAGACGACCAAGAAUUGGGCUCUGAAGACGAUGUCGAAGAAGAGAAGGUUCCUGAAGACAUUCCUAACAUCAUCUUAGCUCAGUACGAAAAAGUUACCAGACAUAAAAGUAGAUGGAAAUGCACGUUGAAGAGCGGUGUCGUCCACAUGAAAGGUAAAGACUUUUUAUUCAACAGGCUCACUGGAGAUUUUGAAUGGAAAUAA